CAAAAACACUAAACAAUUCUCGGAAGGUCCUCAUCAGUGAGCUCACCACAAAUCGACAUCGAUUCAAAUUCACCAGUCUCUCCGGCCCAGAACCUUACAACUGAGGGAUCAACACGAAACGUUAACUGUCUGGCUUCCUUGGCUUUCUCAUCCCGCCAACCAUGUCUCGCAAACAUCCUGCGGGCACUGACGGCGGCGCGUCUGAUGGACCGCGUCAGUUCAAGCAGAUGAAGCUGGAUUUCUUCACCUCGUCAACGAGGCAGCCGAAGAAGCCGAGGACCGAAACAGAGGCGCACCAAGAAAAGUCAACAAACACGGCCACGGCGGGAACAGGAGACGGAGACGACGACACGGAUCCGAAGCCAGCAACUGUGUCAUCAAAUCCGUCUGUCGAUCCGCCCUCACCAGCAGCAGCAGUAUCUGCAUCAAGAAUUCGCAUCACCGACCGCACAGGCAACCUCUUCGCGGCCCCAUCCGACAGCUUGCUCAUCCACGCCUGCAACAGCGUCGGCUCCUGGGGCGGCGGCAUCGCCCUGGCCUUCCGCAACCUGUACCCGGAGGCAUUCAAGAUCUACCGCGCCCACUGUGCGCACUCGACGCCGGACCAGCUGGUGGGUACCGCGCUGCUUAUCGCCCCGCAGCCACGGGGAGGGGGUAAAGAAGGUGAGGGAGGAGGGAAGAAGAGGCCGCAGCAGCAGCAGCAUUACAUCGGGUGUCUGUUCACCAGUCGGCGCUAUGGCAAGGCCAGGGAUUCGCCGGAGAGGAUUUUGAGGGCUACGGGCCCGGCUAUGAGGCAUCUAAUGAGGCUGGUUGCGGAGGAAGAGCGGAGGAAAGGGGAGGGGGUUAUUAAGGAGGUGAGGAUGUGUAAGAUCAAUGCUGGACUGUUUGCUGUUCCGUGGGAGAGGAGUAAGAAGGCUAUUCAAGGGUUGGAGUUGGAUCAAGGGGAGGUACCCCAGUGUGCGGAGGACGGUGUAGUGAAGGUUGUGGCUUAUGAGAGGGAGUAGAACUGGAGUGGGUGUGAGAGGAUGGAAUCUUUGCGGUAGGGAUACCGGGGUACGCUGCUUCGCGAGAGAAGACAGCCGUGUAUGAUACCAAGCAUGUCGAU